CGAUAAUGGAAUUUAUCAUCAAAACAGGAACGUGAUCUUAAUCCGCCCAAUUGCGAAGUCAGUUUUGGGUGGUGUCGGGCAAAGGUCGUUGGCUUUCUGUUGCAACAGGUUGCGAGCAAACGAGAACGCAAAGAUGAAUUUCUUUCUGGAAUCGCUUGUCACGUUGUUUCUGUCGCUGUACUACAUUCUGGAAGCACUGGUGCUGUUAGUGGUGCCGGUGCGCAGGAAGAAUGUGAGCGGGGAGAUUGUGCUCGUGAGCGGAGCUGGCAGUGGCAUCGGGCGGCACCUGGCUCUCGAAUUCGCCCGCCUGCACGCCACACUUGUACUCUGGGAUAUCAGUGAGGAAGGCAACAAGGAGACUGCCCGACAGGCCCGAGAGAAAGGAGCCUCCAGGGUGUACACCUACAUUUGUGACUGCAGCAAACAAACAUCGGUGUAUGAAGUAGCUGACAAGGUAACGGCCAAGCAUUCCUUCUCGAGCAGUGAAAACUUACAUUGUUUGCUGAAGGGUUGGGAGGAAGAGGAAUUAAAUACAAAACAUGGGGUCUGAUUUUUUUUUAUCAAGAGGCGGACGCUAGAUUGCCCCCUCUCACUAAAGGCCACCGGUGAUGAAUUUAACCAGACCGCAGGAGAAUGGUGCAGUUGAAAAAGGCAAACACAAAUAUUGACCUCAAAUUAUCUCACUGCAUUAGAAAACUGCUGUAAAACAGGGUAAAAACAAGGUCUAGAUUAGAGUGGUGAUGGAAAAGCACAGCU